AUGGCAAUCAAGCACAACCAGCAGAUCCCCCACAACCACUUCCGAAAGGAUUGGCAGCGUCGCGUGCGCACCCACUUCGACCAGGCUGGUCGUAAGAAGGCGCGCCGCACUGCUCGUGCCACCAAGGCUGCUGCCAUUGCCCCCAGGCCCACCGAUCUGCUCCGCCCUGUUGUGCGAUGCCCUACCGUCAAGUACAACCGCCGCGUUCGGGCCGGCCGCGGCUUCACCUUCGAUGAGCUGAAGGCUGCUGGUAUCCCCCGCAAGUUCGCUCGUACCGUCGGUAUCGCCGUUGACCACCGCCGGGUGACCCGCUCCGAGGAGGCUCUCGCUGCCAACGUCCAGCGCCUCAAGGACUACCGUGCCCGCCUCAUCCUCUUCCCCCGUCGCACUGGCGUUCACAAGAAGGGCGACGCCACCGCCGAGGAGGUCAAGGCCGCCAAGGGCGAGAACUUUGCCAAGACUAUUGGUGCUACUCUCCCCAUUACCAACAUUGUUACCCCCGAGCAGGCCUACACCGAGGUCGCCACCAGCGAGCUCCCCAAGGGCGAGGAGAACGCUUUCAGAAGACUCCGCGAGGCCCGAAGCGAGGCCCGUCUCGUCGGUGUCCGGGAGAAGCGUGCCAAGGCCAAGGCCGAGGAGACCGCUGCUGCCGCCAAGAAAUAA